AUGACAUCGUACAACGCACUCGGUUUCAUUGGCGUCGGUGCCAUGGGGAAACUAAUGGUCAGAAAUUUGGCUCAGAAGACCCCAUCGGAGACGAAAAUAUAUAUCAAUGACGUCAACCAGGCUGCAGUUGACGAGCUGUGUUUGAGCUAUCCUGAGUCCAUCGUCAAGUGCAACACUGCUAAGGAGGUUGCGGAGAAGUCGGAUAUUAUAUUCACCAUGCUCCCCGAAGGUCAGCAUUUAAAGCAAGUUUACCUGGAGUCCGAGAAUUGUAUCUCUUCGACUACCCUCGCGGGCAAGAUCCUCAUUGACUGCUCUACAAUCGACACCGCUACAUGCCUCGAAGUUCGCUCCAACAUUCAGCAGAGCUACCCCACCGCGUCCUUCUACGACGCACCCGUCAGCGGGGGAAUACUGGGCGCAGAGAAGGCAACCCUUGGAAUCUUCAUUGGCUGUGACAAAAAUGACCCCAAUUUUGAGAUUUUAACCGAUAUCCUCAGCAUGCUUGGGUCUAAGGUUAUUGCUUGCGGUGGACCGGCCCUAGGACUUGUCGCAAAGCUGGCCAAUAACUAUCUCUCUGGCACUAUAACUAUUGCAACGGCCGAGGCCAUGAACAUGGGAAUGCGUGCUGGAAUGGAUGCCCGAAUUUUGGCGCAAGUGAUUACAGCAGGUUCGGGACAGAAUCACAUUGCUGACAAAUUCAAUCCUGUGCCAGGGCUCUGUCCGCAAGCACCGUCAUCUAAAGGUUAUCGUGGUGGGUUCCAUGUCAGUCUGAUGAGGAAGGAUAUGGGACUGGCCCGGGAAAUGGCUGCACAGGUCGGUGCCAAGUUAGUAUUGGGUGACAUCGGGUUGGAAACAUACAAAUUAGCCAGUGAGGACCCGGCGUGUGCUGGACUUGACUCUAGAGUCGUGUAUCGAUACCUUGGAGGCAACGAAAACUGGGACCAGGCCUAA